GAUGUGUUGGUGAGCGCGCGAUGAGCGAGCCUCCGCCCGCGGCGCGAUGAGCGCGCGAGCCACUCCGCGCGCUUACACCACCCCUCUGCAUGCGCGACUACUACUCCUCAACUUACUGCUCACCCUCGUUCAGGCACAAAGCCAGCGCGCGGCGGCAGUGGACCGGCUGGAGAACGUGACCCACACCGUCACCAGGAUCCUCGACGGGUACGACAUACGACUGAGGCCCAACUUCGGAGGGGACCCGUUGUACGUAGGAAUGGAUUUGACUAUAGCGAGCUUUGACGCCAUAUCAGAAGUCAAUAUGGACUACACAAUAACACUUUAUCUGAAUCAGUACUGGAAGGAUGAAAGGUUGGCCUUCGGACUCCCGGACGAAGUAUUGACCCUCUCAGGGGACUUCGCCGAUAAGAUUUGGGUGCCAGACACGUUUUUCGCUAAUGAUAAAAAUAGUUUCCUGCAUGACGUGACGGAGCGCAACAAACUGGUUCGCCUCGGCGGAGACGGGACCAUCACGUACGGAAUGCGGUUCACAGCAACCCUCGCCUGCAUGAUGGACCUACACUACUACCCCCUCGACAGCCAGAACUGCACCGUCGAGAUUGAAAGCUAUGGCUACACAGUGUCGGAUGUGGUGAUGUACUGGAAGGAGACGCCGGUGCGAGGAGUGGAAGAUGCGGAGCUGCCGCAGUUCACUAUACUAGGCCACGAAACAAAUGAUAGAAAGGAAAAGCUAGCAACGGGCGUAUAUCAGCGGUUGUCGCUCAGCUUCAAGCUGCGCAGGAACAUCGGUUACUUCGUGUUCCAGACGUACCUGCCCAGUAUCCUCAUCGUCAUGCUCUCCUGGGUCUCCUUCUGGAUCAACCACGAAGCCACUUCGGCUAGAGUGGCUCUAGGUAUAACGACGGUGCUAACGAUGACAACAAUCAGCACAGGCGUGCGGAGCAGUCUCCCGCGCAUCUCCUACGUUAAGGCCAUCGACAUCUACCUGGUGAUGUGCUUCGUUUUCGUGUUCGCCGCUCUGCUGGAGUAUGCCGCAGUCAACUACACGUAUUGGGGCGCUAGAGCCAGGAAACGAGCCAAGUUAAAGAACCGCGACCUCUCUGCUAGCACUAGUGUUGAGAAGGACUUCAAGUGUUCCACCGGCACCAGGUCUCCGGAAGAAAUCAUAGCGCUGCGGGAAUGCAGCAGUAACGUGGGCCGAGUGUCCCCAAUACCGAGCCUGCGGUCGAAGCCUCUGCCGGCGGCCGCGGGUGCUCCGCCCUCGCUGCGGCUCCAGCGCGACCACAUGCAGCUGCGUUACCGGACCCGGCCGCAUUCUAGGACUUCUAGAAACGGCUCGACGAGUAAACCGAAAAUGAUGCACGCGCUGCGUCGAGGAGCUACUGUGAUCAAGGCUUCCAUGCCUAAGAUCCGUGACGUCAACGUCAUUGACACCUACUCUCGCGUCAUCUUCCCUGUCUGCUUCCUCAUCUUCAACGCCGUCUACUGGGUCUUCUACAUCUUCGAUUGA